AUGUGGUGCGCAUGCUGUGUGAAUGAGGCUCCUGCAGAGGAGGUCGUCACCGCAGUACCAGCACCGCCAGAUGCAAAGGAAGAAGAGACAAUGGAGCUGCGCGCAGCCUUCGUGCAGGAGCCAGCGAAGCCGCUGAAGACAGAGGAGAGCAGCAUGCCAGAGGUCGAGGCUAAGGCCGAGACUCCAGAAAUCAAAGUGGUACCUGCUCCGCCUCCACCUGCUCCACCGGCUCCACCGGCUCCGAAGCAGACAGAUUCCGCACUUUCGGUACGCCAACCGGCAGAAUCUUAUGUUGUGAAGGUGAGCAAGGAAGGCGGGAAGCUGGGAGGAGGGCUGGACCCUUCUCAGGAAGAUUGCUGUGUUGUUAGAAGAGUUGAUCUUGGUGGCGUGCUUGACAAGAAGGGUGUUCGAGUCUACGACCGGGUGCUCAAAGUCAACGGCGAAGCAAAGAAAUCCGCCGAGCUCGUUCGACGAAUAAAGGAAGCAAAUGAUCUCGAGCUGUACAUGGAACGUCCGAAGAUUAAGGAAGUGCUUAUGAAGAAGGACGGCAAGAAGGUGGGGCUUCGGUUGAACUCCGACGACGAAUGCCUGGGUCUAAUUGUGAAGGAGGUAACCGGAGGUGUGGCAGCGGACAUGCCGAAGGGGACCUUCGAGCCAAAAGACCGAAUAGUUGAGAUCAACGGUCAAUCUUUGAAGGCCGCAGACAUGCUGAAGCGUAUCUCCGAAUGGGACAAAAUCUCCUUAACAGUGUGCUCAUACAGCCUUUGA